AAAGUAUCUACCAGAUUGACACAAGACGCAACGUCUCCCAACUUAUUUUUGCCUCAUUGGUAUUCUGUGACAUUCACAUUCACGUUUGCACUUUUGUACACAACAUAUUUGCAUAUUCUCUGCGGUCUACCCGAGUUUUACAUUUUUAUUUUGCGCGGCUGCUCAUCCAGCGGCGUAACAAAACAAACAAAGCAAUAUAAACGGCGGCGAACGUUCGCGGUGCCAAACGUGCCAAAUAUAACAGUUUUUGCACUAAGAAAAGAGUGCUCUGCUGGACUCGCUCAAGAUUUGGGACUGACGGUGACAGUACGUGUGCCAAACAUGGACCUGCAUACGUACGCGACGUGAAUUCCGCACGACGGCGAAUUUCGACGGUGUGAGCUUCAUUGAAGAUGCUUUAGUGGCUAUGUGCGCGUGGAGCGAACGUGGUAUCGUCGGCAAAUUGCAGGAAUCGCAGUGUUAACGGAAAGAUGACUGCCGUGAGUGAAAUUUGGGUCUCCUGGUUCGGCUGCUGCGUGCCUCAACCUCGCAAGCACCGGAUACGCAUCGAUAGGGCAACCAUCGGUGCCCCGACCAACUUCCAGCACACUGCACACAUUGGCAGCCGGGACGUGGAGAUGCCCAAUGAUCAACUCACCGCUCUGCAAAUGCAAAUGCGGAGUAAAGGUGGUUAUCAAGGUUCAUACAAAAAUACGGAUUGGUGCAACUAAACUAUGCGAAGACCCUUGAGUCUUCAUCGGAAACGCUCAUGUUAACAUGCAAUACCUAAGUAUUAUUUUAUUCUAUAACGCUGCUGGUGAUUAUUACGAUUAAUUAUUUAUAUUUACUGUGAAGCGACUUUUGCUCCCGUUCUGUUUUGCGAGUGAGUCGAAGCUGUUUAUUUUUGAUUUCUAUCGCGGAUAUUUCUCGGUUUCCUUUGCAUCUAGCUCAAUUAUUAUUGAUGAUUUCUUUGUUAUCAGGGAUGUUUUGUUAUUUUUUAAGUCUCAUCGGUGUAUUUUCACGAUCGAUGGUCGUUUAAAUUUCGUUUUCCACUCGUUUAACUAGAAAAUUCGCAUAAUUGUUAUGUAUAUACUGCUUUUCCUCGCGUUUAUGGAGCUUCUUUUUUACGUUGAGACACUAAUCCUAUGCUAAUCAUUGAGAUUAAUGUGUGAUCAUACUGAUUAUUAAUCCAUACUAUGCGUUAUCUUCGUGUAUAUAUUAUUUUGUGUCAUAUUUUUUGUAUUUAUAACUAUUAUUUCAUAGCGACGCUGAAAUUGAGCAAAACUAGACGGAUUAUUGUGCACAUGCAUGUUUGCAAUUAUUUAAACUUAAAACCGAACUUAGCAUUUGAUAUUUAAUAAGAUUAUAAUCAUAUUAUGUACCACUGGGCAACUGAACUGAUGGAAAACAAAUCCGAACUGAAUUUACAAAUUUUUACAAAGUUUAACAAAUCGAGCCAACAAACAAUGCGAUGUGUUCCGUUUUGAAACGCAUCGAAUUCCUAAAUCUUCCGUGCAUUUUGUAGCGUUUUAAUGAUAUGACUGAUGCGCGUCUAGGCAAACACUCGAAACGUCUCACUUCGUAUUUACAGUAAUGAAACUAAAUAGAAAAUGUGAUAUAUGUCAUCAAUUCAAGACGAGUCUAAACAAAUGUAAUCAAAACAAUAUUGAUACGUUGUAACUGACUGCUAUAACAUGAAACUCGCCGUAUACAACACUCUACAAGCAAAUUGUUCAAUCGCAAUCCGAACCACAUGCUGAUAAAAACCGCACGCCUUAUACAAUUUAAACUGAUACAGAUUGCAUGAUUGUUAUCAACAAUUUGAAAGUGUUAUUGCAGCACUUAGGACAUAUUUGUAGUUACAGACUUAGAUGAAACUGUUAGUAGCCUCAACCACUGUUUGCACCCUUCUCAUGAACUGUUACUUAUAUAAAUAUGUAUUUUUGCACGGUCAUUGAAAUUAUGACUCAAACUGGGAAGAAAAUAGUUUCAAUUUGAAUGAACUAUUACAUUUGCACAUGCAACAUGUAGAUUAUAAAAUAAAACAACGGUACUUAUAGUA